AUGGUUGUUCCCCGAGGUCGUGGUGGUUCUGGUGGAGGGUUCAGAGGAGGUAGAGGAGGUGACAGAGGAGGAAGAGGUGGUGGUGGUAGGGGUUUUGGUGGAGGAAGAGGAAGUGAUUUUAAGCCGCGUGGUGGUGGUAGAGGACGAGGCCGUGGAAGAGGUGGUCGUGAUGGUGGUAGAGGUGGAAUGAAAGGAGGAAGCAAGGUUGUUGUUGAGCCUCAUAGACAUGACGGUAUUUUCAUUGCUAAGGGUAAGGAAGAUGCUCUUGUUACAAGGAAUCUUGUUCCUGGGGAGGCUGUGUACAACGAGAAGAGGGUUUCUGUGCAGAAUGAGGAUGGUACAAAAGUUGAGUAUAGAAUUUGGAACCCUUUCCGUUCCAAGUUGGCAGCUGCAGUGCUUGGUGGUGUUGACAACAUUUGGAUUAAACCCGGUUCUAAAGUCCUUUACCUAGGAGCUGCUUCUGGAACAACUGUCUCUCAUGUGUCUGAUAUUGUUGGUCCAACUGGAGUUGUGUAUGCAGUGGAGUUCUCCCACCGAAGUGGGCGUGAUUUGGUUAACAUGGCUAAAAAGCGUACUAAUGUUAUUCCCAUUAUUGAAGAUGCUAGACAUCCAGCCAAGUACAGAAUGUUAGUUGGCAUGGUUGAUGUCAUAUUUUCUGAUGUUGCUCAGCCUGAUCAGGCAAGAAUUUUAGCUCUGAAUGCUUCAUACUAUCUUAAAGCUGGAGGCAAUUUUGUUAUAUCCAUCAAGGCCAAUUGCAUUGAUUCUACAGUUCCUGCAGAGACAGUGUUCAUGAGUGAAGUGAACAAGUUGAAGGCAGAUCAAUUUAAGCCAUCUGAGCAAGUGACCCUUGAACCAUUUGAGAGGGACCAUGCUUGUGUUGUUGGUGGAUACAGAAUGCCUAAGAAGAAGAAAGAUGCUUAA